UUCCACAAUCACAACCUGCUGGAGGAAGACGAAGAAGAAGACGUCAUUGGAUGACAAUGACGAUGAUGAUGCAGCAGCGAGGCGUUCACCUAGUUGUGGCGGUGGCUGUGGCCAUGCUCGCCGUGGCGCUGUCGCAGGUGAAUGCUGCGGAGAGGUGUUCCGAAGGUGCAAAGUGUCCCAGUCAUAACACAUGCUGCAAGAUGGACGGUGGUCGUUUCGGUUGCUGCCCUUAUGCCAACGCCACAUGCUGUAGCAACUUUUGCUGCCCUCCCAACUCGCAAUGUGCUGAGGAUGGCCGCAGUUGCGACACGGGACCAGGGCCAACCCCAGUGAGUCCAACAUCAUCCACAACAACCUCGGAACCCGCCACCAAGAACGACUUGCUGCACAACAACCGGCAGCACGAGCUUGUGCCCGUGACGCCGGCAAGCCAGCGUUCGGCUCCAUCUCACAAUGCCAAAGACAGCCUGGAAUCCUCCCCGCGCGAGCGACGACAAGACGACUUUGGCGUUGACCAGCCCAAUGCCAUCGUCUGCCCCGACGGCUCGUACUGCCCAGACUUCAACACGUGCUGCCAGAUUCCGGGCGGCUACGGCUGCUGCAGCCUCAGCGACGGCGUAUGCUGUCCAGACGGUGCCUUUUGCUGCCCCAGUGGCAUGACCUGCGGGCAGAGGAGCUGUUAUGCCGAGGAGUAAUGACCACAACGCACAUACCACGGUUGCUUGUCUCGCGUGCAAAACGCAAGUGGUUGCGUGGCUGAUUUGUUCUGGUAUUGGUCCAAUCGUUUUCCCUUCUCCUCCCUCUUCCCCUCUUCCCCUCUUCCCUCCUCUUCCACUCCUUGGCUUUCUCUUCCACUCCUUGGCUUUCUCUUCC